AUGGAACGUAUUUGUGAACAAAGACAAAAAGAUGAUUUAUCAGCUUUAGCAAUUCAAUGGGGUGCUAUUGGAGAUGUUGGUAUGGUUAUUGAAAAUUUAGGAUCAAAUGAUACAGUUAUUGGUGGUACAUUACCACAACGAAUGACAUCUUGUUUAGAAACAAUAGAUUAUUUUCUUCAACAAUCUACAAAUAUACCUAUUGUUUCAUCUUAUAUUCUUGCUGAAAAAUUACAAAAAACAUCAGGAUCAUCAACAAUAUCAAUUAGUUUAAUUGAAACAAUUGCAAAUAUUCUUGGUAUAUCAGAUGCAAGUACAAUGUCUUUAGAUAGUACAUUAGCUGAUCUUGGUUUGGAUUCAUUGGGUAGUGUAGAAAUAAAACAAUUACUUGAACAAAAAUAUUCAAUAUCAUUAGCUAAUUCAAAAGAAAUUCAACAAUUAACUAUAAAACGUUUGAAAGAAAUUGAUUCAAAUUCAUCAGUAUCAACAACAACAACAACAACAACAACAACAACAACAAUAAAUAAUACAGAAACUAAAAAAACAUCAUCAAUAUCAUUAUUUGAUCUUAAUCAAUUAUUACCAAAAGAUUUAAUAGUUUUAUUGAAUGAAACAGUUAAAUCAAAUAAAUAUCAACAUUUAUUUCUUAUUCAUCCUAUUGAAGGUCAUGUAGAAAUGUUAAGAGAACUUUCACAACGUUUACCAAUUACAGUAUUUGGAAUUCAAUCAACUAAUGAUGUACCUAAUACAUCUAUUGAAGAUAUUGCUGCAUACUAUAUCAAAAAAAUUGUUGAAAUACAACCAACUGGUCCAUAUUUAAUUGGUGGUUAUUCGUUUGGCGCUUGUAUUGCCGUUGAAAUUGCUUUACAACUUCCAUCAAUUGCACAACUUUUAUUACUUGAUGGUAGUCAUUCAUAUGUUGCUACUCAUACAAAACAAUAUAGAACAAAAUUUAAUGAACCUAAACAUGCUGAAGCUGCAGUGCUUUAUGCUUUUCUACAACAAUUUAUUCCAAAUUUAGAUCAAAAGAAAAUAUUAUCAGAUUUAGCAAAUCUUCCAUCAUAUGAUGCACGUUUAUUAUUUGCAGCUGAAAUUCUUAAUAAAAUAAUCAAUAUUGGUAU